GACACCGCCUGUCCCUUAUCUGCGUGUGAACAGUUCCACCAGGUGUCUGCGAUGUAAAAUCGAAGAAAUCAAUUUUGGAAAGAGAUUCGGAACUAACAUUGGCAUUUAUGGAAUCCAUUUAUAAGAACUUACGAAUCAUCGACUUAAUGUGAUUAAAUCGCAAAAACCCGUCGAGUCGCAGAUAGUUAACCAUGGCUUCGGACGGCACUGGAGCCCUAUGUCCUAUUUGUUGAUAUGGAUAAAGAUAAGGAUCUGCUGUUGAAAGAGUACAUCAAAAUGAUGACUGAUAUGAUUGUACUGUGUGCCACCCUGGCACUGUCUCUUUUCUUCUGGGUCCUCUCCCUCACUAUCAGCACCUACUAUGGCACUCUGCAGCCUGUAUCUCCAUGGAGGUGGUUGUUCUCAAUUUUAGUUCCACUUGUGUUGACCAUUAGAGCCGUGAAGAGGCGCAGUCUUGACGGGUCAGGAGCCCUGGGAGCUCUCCUUGUGGGCUUUGUCCUGACAAUGGCCAACUACAGCUUCUUCUCCUCUCUACUGGCAUUUUUUAUUACAUCAUCCAAACUGACUCGCUGGGGAGGAGCAGAGAAGAAGAAAAUUGAUGCAGAGUAUAAAGAAGGUGGUCAAAGAAACUGGGUUCAGGUUUUCUGUAAUGGGGGUGUGCCCACAGAGCUGGCUCUUCUUUAUAUGAUAGAGGUUGGUCCAGGGGAGAUCCCUAUAGACUUUGGAAAGCAAUACUCUGCUUCCUGGAUGUGUCUGUCUUUACUGGGGGCUUUGGCCUGCAGCACUGGGGAUACUUGGGCAUCUGAAGUUGGUCCAGUCCUGAGUAAAUCCAAGCCACGACUCAUCACAAACUGGGAGGAGGUCCCAACAGGGACUAAUGGAGGAGUUACCCCUAUUGGACUGGUUGCCAGUUUCUUGGGUGGACUGGUUGUAGGUGUUGCGUACUUUGGCACGCAGCUUCUGUUUGUUGGUGAUCUUCACCUGGCUGACCCUCAAUGGCCUAUCAUUGUGUAUGGAGGUGUGGCAGGACUGCUGGGUUCUAUGCUUGACUCUUUUCUUGGAGCUAACAUGCAGUAUUCUGGUUUUGACUCAAGCAUCGGAAAAGUUGUAAGUUAUGAGUCUGCCACAACACAGCGCAUUUGUGGGAAACCAAUUCUAGACAACAAUGCAGUGAACUUGUUUUCCUCAGUUCUUAUUGCACUCAUCUUGCCUGGAUUAGCCUGGGGUGCUUGGCCACGAUAGAAAAAUGAGGAUGACUAAUACAACAUUCACA